UUCCUGUACGCCGCACGGUGCAAAUACUUAAUGAGAUCGCGUUCAGCUAAUUACAGCGUCCGAGAUAAAUGUAAUAUCGAUAUCGAUAGUGAACCUCACGGUGUUGAAAACUAAUCGAAUUUCGUUCUGAAUGUGAACCGUUUUUCUGGUGUUGGUGCGGAGGCGUGCAAAUAAUUCAAUUUACGAGUAUACACAUACAAGAGACUUCAACGACCUACAGUGAAGGGCCUUUAAAUAACAGGCUUUAAACCUAUCAAUUUGAUUAAUUUCAUUUGCCUGGAGCGUGCAAAAAAAGCAGAUAGUGUUGAAAACUACAGUGUUAAAUGUAAAUAUGGCCCAGGCCGGUGAAGUGAAUGAGGUGGAAACCGAUCAUCGUAUUCUAAAUGAUUGGUCAAAUGUGAACAAUACCAAUGGCACAAUGCAUCCUUCUAAGGAUAUGAUCUUCAAUGAGGGCCAUCUUCUAUCCAUCACAGUCUACAGCAUACUCUUUGUGAUCUCAACAAUUGGCAACAGCACAGUGCUCUAUCUGUUGACUAAGCGUCGUUUGCGGGGUCCCUUGCGUAUUGACGUCAUGCUAAUGCAUUUGGCCAUUGCGGAUCUAAUGGUGACGUUUCUUCUGAUGCCGCUCGAGAUUGCGUGGGCCUGGACGGUGCAGUGGCGUUCCACGGAUCUAAUGUGCCGUCUCAUGAGUUUCUUUCGCGUAUUCGGGCUGUACUUGUCGAGCUUUGUCAUGGUGUGCAUAUCGCUGGACAGAUAUUAUGCUAUACUGAAGCCCCUACAACGAUCCCACAAUCGCGGUCGCAUCAUGUUGGCCUGUGCCUGGCUAGGCUCCGUCAUAUGCAGCAUUCCACAGGCCUUUCUCUUCCAUCUCGAGGAGCAUCCGUACGUCACAGGCUACUUUCAAUGUGUCAACUUUCAUUCGUUUGUGGACGAAUUCCAAAACUGGCUGUAUCAGUUCGCGACUAUGUGUGCCAUGUACGCAUUUCCCUUGAUCGCCUUCAUCUACUGCUAUGGCGCCAUCUAUCUGGAGAUCUAUCGAAAGAAUCAGCGUGUUCUCAAGGAUGUUAUGGCCGAACGCUUUCGUCGAUCCAACGAUGAUGUGCUCAGUCGGGCCAAGAAACGCACCCUAAAGAUGACCAUAUCCAUUGUGAUUGUGUUUAUCAUCUGUUGGACUCCGUACUACUUCAUAUGUAUGUGGUACUCCUUGGAUAAGUCAUCCGUUGCUAAGGUGAAUUCAUUAGUUCGCAAGGCUCUCUUUAUAUUUGCCUCGACCAACUCAUGCAUGAAUCCCUUGGUCUAUGGCUUGUAUAACAUUCGUGGACGCAUGAAUAACAACAACAAUACGUCGGUUAACAAUCGUCACACUUCGCUAUCGCAACGCCUGGAUUCGUCCAAUCAGCUGCUGCAGAAGCCCAUCAGCACGUUGCCCAAUGCCAAUGCGAAUGGGAAGGUCAGUGCAGUGGCUGAUGCAGUGGCGGCUACCACAAAGCUGGUCCAUGUGGUGCGCUUGAAGACAAAUGGCGCUGGUGGCGACGCACAGUCUCCGACUCCAACAGCACCCCCUGUCACAAUGCUGGAUGUUAAUGACGACGUCAGCGUUGUCAUCAUCAAGUGCCAGGAGCAACCCAACUAUCCCAAGCAGCCCAAGACGCCAAUCAUCUGCUCGAACUGUGGCGAAUUCAUAAAAGCGACUACUGGAGAUAUGACAAAGAUGAAGAUCAUCUUCAAUGACAAACAGUAAACGGUUUAAUUAAGAGUUGCUACCGUUUUUUAUUUUAAGGCGGCUCAGAACAAAAGGCUUUUUAAUUAAUUAAUAUGUUAAUGUUCAAAAAUAUGCCAGAUCAGAUAAAAAAUAUUUUGGUCUAUGCCGUUAAAAUGCUUAAAAGCUAUCAUAAAAUACGCUUAAGACGUAAUAUCGUGUAAUAUUAGAUACUCUAGUUAGUUGUCAUAUUGCUUAAUUUAAAUUAAUUUAUUCAUAAAACCGAAAAUCGAAUGCUUAAAUACAGAAAAUAGCAAACAACAAGAAUCUUAAAGUUUGUUAUUAAUAAUCAAUCCUAGACUAAAACCCAGCUCAUACGAGUAACAAUAAUCAUUGGUCCCUCAGCUUUAUUUGCAUUGGAUCUAUUGUUAAGACGACGUUAAUCAUUUGCUUUACGGCCAGACAUGACGUUAAUUAUAUGGUUGUGUGUGCGCGCGCUUUUAAAUAUUUAUUAGACGAUAUUAGAUAUACGAUGAAUAGGAAACCCGUUUAGUUUGAGGGCAUAUAGCUCAGUUAGACGAAUGACCUUUAACUAAUUCUUACCACUGGAUUUCAAACAAGUGCUGUCGUCUAUAAGACAUUUAUUUAUUAAGAACUAUACUAAUAGGAACGCUGGUGACUCUUCCGAACUUUUAGUUUAGCUAAAAUCAGGACGUAUUCCGAUAUAUUUCCUUAGAUUCUAAUCUUAAUUAAAUAAAAACGCAUGUCCUUAUUAAUCCGCAUUUCUUAUAAAUUUUUAAGUGAUCAUAAACUCUAGUUAUUCCUUUCCCCGA